CUAGAAAUCACUUCUGUGAUUACAAAUACAUACCCCCUGUUUUGUUUCACAAAUUCAGUAAUAGCACAUAAGGGCGUUGUUUUCAUGCCAAUAUAUGUAUAAUAGUUGAGUCAAAAAAGUUUUCAAACAAAGUUGUAAAAAUGUCUGUCGCUGUUGACCUCGUUAAGGUAAAUUGUAUUGUGUUUAAUAUUACAAAUAUUAUCCACUAAAACUACAUAUAAUUUGUUGUUUGUGUUAUAUUUAUAUAAAAUAGUACGCAAAAUUAUGUCUUUGUUGAUAAAACUUUCUCGAAAACAUGGAUUAUUUGCCCAUAUUUACCUAAACGUAGAAAGUCUCUAUUAAUAUUUUCUUUCAUCUUUUAAGAAAGAACGAACCACAUUUAAGAACACUGAAACUAUCGGGACAUGUGGGAUUUGAUAGCUUGCCGGAUCAACUGGUAAAUAAAAGCGUUCAAAAUGGUUUUGUUUUCAACGUCAUGUGCAUAGGUGAAACUGGCCUUGGCAAAUCAACACUCAUGGAUACACUUUUUAAUACAAGCUUUGAGUCUACACCAAGUCCGCAUACAUUACCGAACGUCAAAUUGAAAGCACAUACUUAUGAAUUACAAGAGAGUAAUGUACGCCUUAAGCUAACAAUUUGCGACACUGUUGGGUAUGGUGACCAAAUUAAUAAGGACGACUCAUUUAAAGCUGUAGUUGACUAUAUUGACGCACAGUUCGAGGCCUAUUUGCAAGAAGAGCUCAAGAUCAAGCGUUCUUUGGUGUCAUGUCACGAUAGCCGCAUUCAUGUAUGCUUGUAUUUUAUUUGCCCAACAGGUCAUGGGCUUAAGUCCCUAGAUCUUGUAUGUAUGAAAAAACUCGAUAGCAAAGUAAAUAUCAUUCCAAUUAUUGCAAAGGCUGAUACAAUAUCUAAAUCGGAGUUGAACCGUUUCAAAAGUAAAAUUAUGCAAGAAUUAUCCAAUAAUGGUGUUCACAUAUAUCAGUUUCCAACGGAUGAUGAAACUGUUGCUGAAACGAACACAACUAUGAAUACUCAUGUGCCGUUCGCUGUAGUAGGCAGUACUGAUUUCAUAAAAGUGGGAAACAAGUUGAUUCGAGCUCGUCAAUAUCCAUGGGGAACCGUACAAGUUGAAAAUGAAAUGCAUUGCGAUUUUGUUAAACUUCGUGAAAUGCUAAUCCGAACUAAUAUGGAAGAUAUGAGGGAGAAAACCCAUACACGUCAUUAUGAACUUUAUAGGCAAAAGCGUCUUGAACAAAUGGGCUUUAGCGAUGUAGAUAGUGACAACAAACCAAUUUCAUUCCAACAAACCUUUGAGGCGAAGCGAUCUAACCAUUUAGCUGAACUACAAGCCAAAGAAGAAGAAGUAAGACAGAUGUUUGUACAAAGGGUCAAAGAAAAAGAAGCUGAGCUCAAAGAAAGUGAAAAAGAGCUGCAUGCAAAGUUUGAUAAACUUAAGCGAGACCAUGCUGAAGAAAAAAGAAAACUAGAGGAUUCUCGAAAAAGGCUAGAGGAAGAUUUUGUGGAAUUUAGUCGUCGCAAAACCCAAAUUUCAACCUCUCAUCAUACUUUGACUCUGGGCAAAAACAAAAAGAAGUAAUCUACUAACGUUUAAUAGUUCUAUUUAUUUAACAUUUGAAUACUAUUUCCUUGUAUUUAUUAUAUUAUCAAUACAUCUAUACGCGCCUAUGGGAUUAUAAUACAUAUUUUCAUAUGAGUAUAUUACCGGUUAUUUUCACUAUAGGCGAAAAUUUUAUAUACUUAACGAUACAUGUGAAAAUAUAUACCAUUGCACUAAAAUACACAUGUAUGUAAAUAAAUAGGUGAAUGUUUUCUGUAUUUAUGGAUGAACCAAUGAAUAAAUAGUAAGCCUAUACCUU